AGCCUCCUUCUCUCUCUUUAUCUGUGUGGCUAAAGGCAGAGCAGCGAGUACUUAAGACCGAGUCCUUUCCCAAAAUUAGCAUAUUUUCUGCAUCAAAUCACAACUCCUAGAUCUGAUUUCUCUUUCGGUCUCUCCAUUCUUUGUCGUUCUUUUCAAUUUCUUCUUCCUUCACUUACUGGAAACUCUCGCUGUUCUAAUCCUGACUCCUCGCACUCGCUUCCCGAUCCGCUACCAAUUAUUGCCGUCAUUUUCUACUGUAGCUUCAGGAGGGGAGGUUAUUCCAGUUUUCCUUUAGGUGAUUCAUGCAACAUUGUUCGUUUUCGUACUUGGGUCGAACUAUAUAGUUGAGAAAAGCUUGAAAGUUUGAUAAAUGACGAGGGGAAGAUCUGAUGGAACUCCGAAGAAGCGCUUAAUCACUACCAUAUGUGUUGUGGCCAUAUUUCUUGGGUUUCUGUAUGCAUAUUAUGGAUCCAUUUUUGGCAAUCAAGACCGAGGUGCAUCGACUCUGCAGCACGGCAGCAAAUCCUUGAGCCAUUAUUUGUUGGGGAGUGAAGACUCUGAAGAAUCUUCAACCACAACUGUGCAGGAAGAUCCAGAAGAUGGUAUCGUACCGAAAAGUUACCCGGUUUGUGACGAUCGGCAUUCGGAACUAAUUCCCUGCUUGGACAGACAUCUCAUAUAUCAAAUGAGAUUGAAACUCGACCUUUCUUUAAUGGAGCAUUAUGAAAGACACUGCCCACCACCAGAGAGGCGGUUCAAUUGCCUGAUUCCGCCUCCAGCAGGAUAUAAGGUUCCAAUUAAGUGGCCAAAGAGCAGAGACGAAGUGUGGAAAGCGAACAUACCGCAUACUCAUCUUGCUCACGAGAAAUCGGAUCAGAACUGGAUGGUUGUCAAAGGCGAAAAAAUUGUGUUCCCUGGAGGAGGUACUCAUUUUCACUAUGGAGCUGAUAAGUACAUUGCUUCAAUUGCAAAUAUGCUCAACUUUUCAAAUGAUAAAAUGAACGAUGAAGGAAGACUGCGUACUGUUCUUGAUGUCGGUUGUGGUGUCGCAAGUUUUGGAGGAUAUCUUCUCUCUUCUAAUAUCAUAGCAAUGUCCUUAGCACCAAAUGAUGUUCAUCAAAAUCAAAUUCAGUUUGCUUUAGAAAGAGGAAUUCCUGCAUACCUUGGUGUUUUAGGAACGAAGAGGCUCCCUUACCCGAGCAGAUCUUUUGAACUUGCACACUGUUCUCGGUGUCGAAUUGAUUGGCUUCAAAGAGACGGGAUUCUUCUUCUCGAGCUAGAUAGAGUACUUAGACCUGGUGGCUAUUUUGCUUAUUCAUCUCCAGAAGCUUAUGCACAGGAUGAGGAGGAUCUGAGAAUAUGGAGAGAAAUGAGUGCCCUUGUGGGUCGUAUGUGUUGGAGAAUAGCUGCAAAGAGGAAUCAGACUGUAAUUUGGCAAAAACCCCUUACAAAUGAUUGUUAUAUGCAAAGAGAACCCGGUACUCGUCCUCCUCUUUGCCGAUCUACUGAUGAUCCUGAUGCUGUUUGGGGUGUGCUGAUGGAAGCUUGUAUCACUCCUUACUCGGAUCAUGAUCAUAAAGCCAAGGGCAGUGGAUUGGCUCCUUGGCCAGCUCGAUUAACGUCACCUCCUCCACGACUUCAGGACUUUGGCUAUUCUUCUGAAAUGUUUGAAAAAGACACGGAAACUUGGCGGCGUAGAGUCGAGAGUUACUGGAAUCUGCUGAGUCCAAAGAUCGAAUCGGAUACUAUCAGGAACGUGAUGGACAUGAAGGCACACAUGGGAUCGUUUGCAGCUGCUCUGAAGGACAAGGACGUGUGGGUGAUGAAUGUCGUUCAAGAAGACGGACCUAAUACACUGAAGCUGAUAUAUGACCGAGGCCUCAUUGGCACUACCAAUAACUGGUGCGAAGCCUUCUCGACAUAUCCUCGUACAUACGAUCUUCUCCACGCAUGGACCGUGUUUUCUGACAUCGAGAAGAAAGAAUGCAGCGCCGAGGACCUAUUACUCGAGAUGGAUCGCAUACUCAGACCCACUGGUUUCAUCAUUAUCAGGGACAAGCAAUCUGUUAUAGAUAUGGUAAAGAAACAUCUAUCUGCAUUGCACUGGGAAACAGUGGCAACUGCCAACUCCAGCUCCGAUUCGGAACUGGAGAGCGACGAGGUCGUGUUUAUCAUCCAGAAGAAGCUGUGGCUGACAAGUGAGAGUGUGAGGGAGUCAGAAUAA